GCGGGGGAACACGGCCUGUGAGGGGAUCAGGCGGGCGGUCUGUGGGAGGAGGAGCUGGACUGCAGCGGCUCCGCUCACUGUCUCAAGGCAGGUUCACGGGGUGCUCCCCUGCAAGAGAGGAGGAAAGCAACACUACGGCUUUCGGCGCCUGCGCAGGGCAGUGCAGUGCUCUGCUGGCGCCUGCGCAGGGUGAUGGCGGAGCCGUGGCUGGGCUGGGAGGCGCCGGGCCGGGCGUUGCGGGGCCUCGCCUGGUUGGGGCAGGAGUUCGCGGCCGACUGGGCGGCUCAGGACCUGCGGGCCGCGGUCUUCCAGCUGCUGUUGCUCUGGUUGGGCCUCAGCCUGCUGGGCAUCCACCUAGCCUGGCGGCUCCACGGGGGCCGCGUCAGCCGCCUUUGCUGCCGCCCAGGCAGAGGUGGCCAGAAUGGAGGGACCCCCGCUGGUGCCUCAUAUUUCCCCAGCUGGGACAGCUCAAGCAAUGAGGCCAUGAAGAUGCACCGAGAAUGAGGCGUGGACAGAUACGCUGGUGGGCAGGGGCAUACCUGGGACAGCUCAACCCAUGGACCCAGCGCUGCCAGCCAGAGAAACUGGCUUUGCACCUUCGCUGCAUUGGAGACCGCAGCCAUGUCAUCUGUGGGCUAGCCCCUGGCUAGCAGGGAGCUGUGCAGCCAGCUGGCCUGUGCCAUCCCAGCUGGACUCUGCAUAGCCUCUCAGGCAGGGCAAGCUGUGAUCUCACCCCUGUGCUCACUUCUGGGGGCAUCUGCACUGCCCCAAGCACAUCAGCCCUUCCUCCUACCUGCCCCAAACAAAACAGGCCCCUGCAGUGGCCACAGGCCUGUGUCCCCGGUGUACAUGGGGGGGCGGUGCAUAGUCUGUGCCUCAGUGGUCAUCAUGCCCAGCUUAAAUCUUCCUCGAGCACAUGCCCCUGAGCCCUGCUCCAAGCCCCUUCCCACAACUCCUGUCCACGGCUGCCCCCACCCUGAUGAGCCAAAAGCCUUCUCAUCCCCUAGCCCCUUCCAGGGAAAAUUGCCCCCAUCCCUCCUUCCCUGCUGCCAAGCCCCCUCCUUUGCCCCCAGGGAUUGUGUGCCUCAUACACCUGUACCACUUCCUGCCCCAGCGGCCAAAGUGGGAGGUCCUACUUCCUGCUGCUAGAACUCCUUUGCUCCCUGCAACCCGGGCCCGUGAGGCAACUGCAGCUGCUCCUCAGAGGGGCGGGAUUCUGCUCCUGGGCACAGGGGAUCUGCAGGGCAGGAUGGCAGCGCCUGUCGCCAUCCCACUGGUUACACAGCAUGGAAGCAGAGAGCUGAGCUGCCCACCUCCCUGGGGUUUGGUGGUGUGGGGGGCCCUGGGGCAGCCCCUGGCUGCUCUUGCCCUGUUCAGUGUCUCAUAGCAGUGUUAAGAGUGAUAGCCCACUGGCACCUGGGUAGCAACACUGGCAGCUUCCACACACCUCCCAUGCCAUCUGCCUGGGCCACAUGAGGCCUUCCUAGGCCAGGGCCCUCUGCCAAGGUGCCAGUCCUUGGGAUCAGAGCAGGAACAGCAUGUCCAUGGCAAACCCAGCCUAGGGGCCAGGGUGCCUCUCAGGGCAGUAGGAAUAGCUAGCCCCAGGUACUUUCAGCCCCACCUGCAGUGAGCGAGGGUCCCUCCAAGCUCAGGAGGGGUAGGGCUCAGAGGCAGCACCUGGCUAAUGACCUGGCAGGCACAUGGUGGCACAACUGGGCUUGGAGCCUGGUACCUGUAUCCCAGGCUAGGCCCUUAGGCCUAGGGCCAGCUGCUGUCCCUCUGCACCCUGCCAGGCCCUGGCUAAGGGCAAUGGCCUGGCUCCUGUGGCCUUAUGGUACCUGCUGGCUGGAUUAAAUCCCUCUGCUGUGA